AUGCAGCCAGAUUCCGACAGCAAUGAAGCCGGGUACAGCAGCUCUCCGGCCAGCAAUAGACAGGACUCCUCAGAUGAUGUGAAGAAAGUUCAGAGGAGAGAGAAAAAUCGGAUUGCAGCACAGAAGAGCCGCCAGCGUCAGACCCAGAAGGCAGACACUCUCCAUGUGGAGAGUGAGAACCUGGAGCGCGUGAACUCGGCGCUGCGCAGAGAAAUCCGCUUCCUACGUGAAGAGAUCAAAUGUCUGACAUACGCCUUGAGCAGUCACCAGCCCACCUGCACCAUGGUAACCCAUAAGAUAGCCGCCGUCCCACCGCGCGUGGCAUCCCCCCGCUUCCAGGAGUGA